GAAUCUAAUGACCAGAAAAAGUGGGGCAGGCCAAACAGCACUUACCUUUUACCUACAAAAACAAAUCAAAACUUCUACCUGGGUCUUCCCUGUUUACCGGCGAAAGAACACAGGCAAAACCCAAAAGUAACAGCGGUAAAUAUGUCGGGUCUUUCCAAACACGGCGCUCCAGCCGUCGCUGUGAAAACGGAGGCCUGCAUGUGGACAGAGAAUGAAGCAACUCCAAAUGCUGAAGAGGAUGAGAUUCAUUAUCUUCCUGAGGAUGCACAAUUUUUUGAUAUCGUCUUAUCAAAUUCACAUGUCGCGCGUGGCUAUGCAAUGGGCAUUCCUGUUAGUGCCUUGUCAAUGUUUCCUAAUGUUGAGACACAUGUCAUUCUUCGGCACCGUGGCAAGGACUGGAAAGUGCAUUUCCCUAAAGAUUCAUCUCGACCAAGGUUCGGUUCUGGCUGGAAAAAUUUUGCGAUCGGCAAUAGUUUGAAAGAGAAUGAUGCUUGUGUUUUUGAGCUGAUAGAUUCGAACCCUCGAGAGCCCAAGUUCAAGGUGCAUAUCCUCAGGUUCGAUUUACCUCCUGAGCUCGAGGAGUUGGCGGUAAAUAUGUCGGGUCUUUCCAAACACGGCGCUCCAGCCGUCGCUGUGAAAACGGAGGCCUGCAAGUGGACAGAGAAUGAAGCAACUCCAAAUGCUGAAGAGGAUGAGAUUCACUAUCUUCCUGAGGAUGCACAAUUUUUUGAUGUCGUCUUAGCAAAUUCACAUGUCGGGCGUGGCCAUGCAGUGGCCCUUCCUGUUAGUGCCGUGUCAAUGCUUCCUAAUGUAGAGACACAUGUCAUUCUUCGGCACCGUGGCAAGGACUGGAAAGUGCAUUUCCCUAAAGAUUCAUCUCGGCCGAGGUUCGGUUCUGGCUGGAAAAAUUUUUCGAUCGGCAAUCAUUUGAAAAAGGAUGAUGCUUGUAUUUUUGAGCUGAUAGAUUCAAACCCUCGAGAGCCCAAGUUCAAGGUGCAUAUCCUCAGGUUCGAUUUACCUCCUGAGCUCGAGGAGUUGGAGGAGUUGGAGGAAUUGGAGGAGUUGGAUGAUACCCGUGAUUCAUCUCGGCCAAGGUUCAGUUCUGGGUGGAAAAAAUUUGUGAACGGCAAUCGUUUGAAAGAGGGUGAUGCUUGUGUUUUUGAGCUGAUAGAUUCGAACCCUCGAGAGCCCAAGUUCAAGGUGCAUAUCCUCAGGUUCGAUUUACCUCCUGAGCUCGAGGAGUUGGUGACGCCCAGUCGAGUGUUCAAGAAAUCCAGGCUUGUCAAGCUUGACGAU